CUUAAAUCGACUUGAAAAAUAAAAAUCGAAAGUUUCUCCGUUCUCCCCCCCAAAAGCACAAUCGAAUCGAAUUCGAAUCUGCCCCUACCACCUAGGUCGCUUCUGUCGUUCCCUUCUCGUUUCUUUCGCCUUCGGGGACUAAGACGAUGGCGAGAACCAAGCAUCAAGCUGCUCGGAGUCAAUCUCGGAAGCAACCCGGAAAGAAGAUUCCGCGGCCGUCCUCCUCGCCGCCGCCGUCGUCGGUACCCUCUCUUUCCCUCUGUGAUAUAUUUCUGGUGUUUGUUUUGAAUGGGUCUUCUUUCCUGUCCAAUUUAAGACUCCCAGACCAAGCAGAUCACCUAGGAGAGCAGCAGCAGCAGCAGGAGGAGAAGAAGCAGGUUCACAAAGUUGGUCGUCCGCAGAGGAAGCCUCGUCGAUUGAGGCCUGGAACGCGAGCUCUGCGAGAAAUUCGUUUUUAUCAGAAGACUACUGGUUUCGUGAUCCCUGUUUCUAACUUUACUCGACUGGUAAGACAAGUUACCCAAGAGUUUAGCCAGGAAGUAAACCGUUGGCAAGCUGAAGGACUCGUGGCUCUUCAAGAGGCAGCAGAGGAUUUCUUGGUUCACUUGUUUGAAGAUGGUAUGCUGUGUGCAGUUCAUGCUAAACGUGUUACAUUGAUGAAGAAGGAUCUCGAUUUGGCCCGCCGGAUUGGAGGGAGAGGGCAGCCUUGGUGAGCGAGACUUGACGACUUUUGAAGAACCCAGUACAGCCAAAGCUUUGUAAUGCUCCGUAGCUGGGUGGGUUAUUCUCUUCAACCAUGCCCAGAACUCUUAGGAUUUUAUGUGUAACGCUGAGUUCAGCCGUUAGGAAGCCGUAGUGUAGAUUGUAUGUCAACUUAGUAGGUGGCUAAGAGUCAAUUGUGAAGGUGUCAUGCUGACAAGUUAAGUUAGGACUCAAGAUUUCUGUUAAUGGCUCUGCUUAAUUAGGUUGCAAGGGAGUGCACAAAAUAGCCAAUUGAUUUGACAUUGAGUUGUAUUAAAGAGUUUGACGAGACACUUCCUUAUUCGCCUGUAUUGAAGUAUAUUGAAUAGUUUCAGAUUCUUUGGAAAUGCAGUGCAAUUGAUAGCUAGUAUUCCUUUUCUAUUUUCAAUUUAUGGGU